GUAAUCACGUUAAGUACCGUUGUCUGUUGAAAAGAACAUGGAAUCAUUUGCAGAGAGAGAGAGAGAGUUCCAAUGACGUCCAUGGCUUUCAUGGGGAUGGGGUACUUCGAGAUGUUACUGCUAAGUUUAGCAGUUGUGUGCUUUAUCUAUCUCCGUCGCCUAAGUCGUAACGACAGCCCUUUGCCGGAUUGGCCGGUUCUAGGAAUGCUUCCCUCCCUCCUUCGAAAUAUUCAUCAUGUCCAUGACUGGACAACCAAACUCCUGGAACAAAGCCGCAGCUACACCUUCACGUUUAGAGGCCCGUGGCUCGCUGGCAUGGACAUGGUCUGGACGUGUGACCCGGCUAACGUGCAUUACAUCAUGAGCACACACUUCUCAAAUUUCCCCAAGGGGCCAGAGUUCAAAAAUAUUUUUGACGUUCUUGGGGAUGGAAUUUUCAAUUCGGAUUCUGAUCUUUGGAAAACCCAAAGGAAAGUUGCUCAUGGGUUGAUCAGUCGCCGGAGAUUUUGCCGGUUUUUGGAGAGAACAAGUCGGAAGAAUGUGGAGGAAGGGCUAAUUCCCGUUCUAGACCAUAUCUCUGAACAAGGCAUGAUUGUGGAUCUGCAAGAUGUAUUCCAGCGUUUCACGUUUGAUAGUACGUGUACUUUGAUUUCUGGCAUCGACCCGGGUUGUCUUUCCGUCGAAUUCCCAGAUGUUGCUUUCUCAAAGGCUUUAGACGAUGUCGAGGAGGCAAUCUUUUUCCGUCAUAUUGUGCCCAAGAGCUACUGGAAGUUACAGAGGUGGCUUGGGAUUGGAGAAGAGAAGAAAAUGAGUAGAGCUUGGAAGACGCUUGACCGAUAUAUAGCACACUGCAUCUCAUUGAAGAGAGAAGAGCUGAACAACAGAACAAAUAAGAACGAAGAAGAGGGCAUUGAUUUAUUGACAUCGUAUAUGGAAGAUGAUUAUGGUAGUGACUGGUUGAAGUCCGACAAGCUUCUGAGGGACACCAUGUUGAAUUUCAUGAUUGCAGGGCGAGACACCACGAGCGCGGCUCUGUCAUGGUUUUUCUGGCUUGUCGCAAAGAACCCAUCAGUUGAAACGAAAAUCAGAGAAGAGCUCAAGUCGAAUUUGCCCGCGGAGGAAGCAGAGAAAUGGAGGGUAUUUGAUGCUGGAGAGCUAAGUGGCUUGGCUUAUCUCCAUGGAGCCUUGUGUGAAGCUCUAAGGCUGUUCCCACCGGUACCAUUUGAACACAAGAGCCCAGUUUGUCCGGACGUUCUUCCCAGUGGUCACAGAGUCGACGAGAGAACAAAGAUCUUGUUUUCUUUGUAUGGAAUGGGAAGGAUGGAAGGCUUAUGGGGCAAAGAUUGCUUAGAAUUCAAGCCAGAGAGAUGGAUUACAGAGCGAGGACGAAUCAGACAUGAGCCAUCCUACAAGUUCUUGGCCUUCAAUGCCGGGCCGAGAACUUGCCUAGGGAAGGAAGUGGCUUUCACUCAAAUGAAGGUUGUUGCCGCUGCCUUCAUCCACAACUACCACGUUGAAGUCAUAGAAGGUCACCCUGUGUCUCCAAAUCUUUCUAUAAUUCUCCAUAUGAAGCAUGGUUUGAUGGUUAGGGUUACCAAAAGAUGGGAACACUGACCAAUUAUUACAUAUGCAUGCUUGGUUCUGUUAGCUAGGCUGUGUUUGGUUCGAAAGAAAGGUGAAAGGUUGGGAAACCUAAUCUGCACCCUGUAUUUUCCUUCCUUUCCCUACUUUUCUUU